GUGGUGGAUUUUGGUGAAGCAGCAGAGCCAGAAAGUCGCACAGAGAUGCAUUUCUCAAUCCCGGAUACGCAGGACUUUGUCAACGAGAAUUCCGGAUCAACCUUCACGGGCUUCAACAUUCACAUCAAUGGCACUUUCCAUUGCUGCCUGCGGUACAAGCAGCUGCACAGUCUCCACGAGCAGCUGAAGCGCUCUCUGCCCACUCUGGUGCUCCCGUCGUUCCCGCCGAAGAAGUUCUUCCCACUCACGCCGUCGCAGCUGGAGGAGCGUCGCGCCAAUCUCGAGCGAUACAUUCAGUUGGUGGGCCAAGAUCCUGUUCUGUCCAAGUCGGAGUUGCUGCGCACGUUCCUGCUCAGUGCGCAGCAGGAGUCGUCGUACACGGAGAGCAAGGAGACGUCCCUGGACGUGUACCUGAUGAAUGGCUUCCGGAUAGUGGUGAAUGCCUACACAACGGAGUGCUCAACGAAGGUGCUGGAGAAGGCGUGCGAUAACAUCGAUUUGCCGCGCGAGUACGCGUACUAUUUCGCCCUGUUCCUUAUGCGAAAGGAAAAUGACGGCAGUGUGACGCUCACGCGGAAGCUGAUGGACUUCGAGGCGCCGUAUGUCACGCAGAAGAUUCUGCGUGAGUGCAAGAUAGUGAUCAGGAAGAACUACUGGGAUCCGUGCUAUGAUCUGGAACUGAUGCGGGACAAUAUUGCGCUUAAUUUGCUCUUCAUUCAGACGCUGAGCGACAUUGAGAGAGGGUGGAUUUUGGCGACGAAGGAGACUCGAGAUCAACUCACGAAGCUCCAGACGCAUGGCAAUAAGAAGGAGUUCCUGGAGAUGGCGCGAAAUCUGCCAUCGUACGGUGUGAUUCAAUUUCAGCGAGCGAUUGUGGAUUAUCCCGAGCCGGAGACGCAAACUUGUGUAACCAUUGGCAAUAAGGAGCUCUGCACGCGGACUGUGGUGGGCAAGAAGGUGCAGGAGGCAAAGUUUAAGGUCACAAGGAUGAGAUGCUGGCGAGUGACGACAAUUCACAAUGAUAUUUCUGGUGACUCUCUGAGCAAUCGGCACAAAUGGGAGCUCUCGUUUGAGUAUCUCAUGUCGAAGAACUGCCUCAAGUGGAUCACAGUGGCCAGCGAGCAGGCGAUGCUGAUGUCUGUGUGCCUGCAGAGCAUGGUUGAUGAGUUGCUGAAUCAGAAGAGUGGUGCUGACAUGAACAACAUGCAGGUGCAUCGAGCCAAUUACACGCAAUUGUCUUACAUAAGGCGCGACGGAUCGUCAGGGAGGAUUUCCGAUUCCAGCUCCAGUGACACCAUAUCGAGUCUGAAUGACAUGGACGUGGCCAGUCAGAGGCGGACGGCGUCCUCGUCGGUGCGCCGGAAGAUCAGGGAGAAAAUCUCCACUGCUGUGUUCUUCCGCAGCGGCAGGGAGUCUGUCCACAACGAAGCCUUCGAGGGGAUUGGCGAUGAUGACUUGUGAAGGAUGGACGAAUUUUUGGGCAGGAUUUUUUCUACGGGGGGAAUUAUGAGCUCAAUGGAGAGGCUUUUUUUUAACAUUCAUUGCAAAAUGCGUCCCUUCUUGUCCUCUGUAAUGUUGUAAAUCUUUGUUGUUUUUGUACAUUUAUUUUUAUAGGAGGAAUUCUUGCCACUUUUUCUACAUGUGUAUAAAUUAACAAAAGGAAAAAAAAUGUUCGUCAAUAAUAACCCCUCAACAUAUCCUUUUUUAUAUAUAUUUAAAUGGUUUUUAACGCAUUGUGCCAAAUACUCUCGAGAGAAAAUAAAACCAUGCGAAAUAUUGUAAAACACGUGACAAAUAAAAGGAUCACAUUUAUAUCUAGA